AUGCCGCCUCACUUCGUACAAUCACUUCGCUUCGUACAGUCACCUCCCGUCGCGCAGUCGCCUCGUUGUUCCUCUUCCCUUCCUCUCUCGGUUGCCUCUGUGGUGCCUCCUUCUUGGUCUCCUCGCUCUGCGCCUCUCUUCUGUUCUCCAGACGGCCUGUGGCUGUGGUUUUCCUCGCUCCCUGCACCGGCACGCGCUGCGGGUUUUUCGGUCUUUCUCGCUUCGCUCUCGGCCUGCUGCCUGACUCUGCUCGCAGUUCUCUGCGGAGCGUCUUUGCCGCGGCCGUCGCGCCUGCAGCGGCAGUCUCCGCCGAGGCCUGUCGCGGGCGCUUCCCUUCUCCUCCUUCUCGCGGGCGUCUCGCUGCUUCUCAGUCUGCCUGCGCGAGCUCUCUCUUCGUCGCGGCGGCCGUCCGCCUUCCUUUCUUCCUGUUCUGUUGCUCCUCCUCUCAGUCCUCGAGAGACUGGCGAGUUCGGUCGUCGCGCCUCCUCUCCCGCCGUUCUCAGGUUCUCUGAGUCCGCGCGUCGGCCGUCUCUCGCCGGGGCCUCCCCGGGGGCGGGCGCCUCGCAGCUGCCGUUGCGAUUGACGUCGCGAUUGCCGCCGCGAUUGCGACACACCUCCGCUCUCGCGUCCUUUCUCUCUUCCGCUCGCCCGCAGGACCACUUCGCCUCUGCAGCCGCGCGGCUGUCGCGCGCGUCUGCGUCUUCAAGCCCUUUUGCAUCUGUCCCCUCAUCUUCUCCGUCUCCUUCUCCCUCUCCUCGGUGCAGCUCUGCGGCGUCUUCGCGGUGUCCGGGCGCGCAUUCGUCGUCGUCGCUGUCUUUCCUCCCUGAGCAGCCUGCGGAUCGGGAAGAGGCGGCGGACGCGCUGGCGGGUCAGCUGCCGGAGUUCUCGUUCGACUUCUUCGAAGAGACUCCGGAGCCGCCGCCGCUUGCAUCGCACGGCCCCGAGGACUCGCCGACGAUUCACGUGCCUGGCGUCUGGUACCUUUACCUGCCCAGGUGGCUGUACGCCUCCUCAGAGACACACGCGGACGCGCUCCGCGGCGCGGAGCUGAAGCAGGGGGGCGGACGCCGCGCGGGGGCCGCGAAAGGCAAGGAGAAACGCAGAAAAGCGAGCGCGGAGAAAGCCGGCGACCCGAGCAGCAGCCUCCACCGCCCGGCAGGCUGUAUGUACACGCCAGAUCCAGACGGAAUCUGCGGCCGCAAAGGAGGCUACGACGGCCCCGAGGCGGCGUUCUUCUUCGAAGACCACACUGCGGUCAUUCCUUCUCUGUCCGCGAGAGGCAACUGGGCGCUCGUCGACCCUCCCAAGUCGUCUCCUCUCCUCAACAAAGAGCUGCGGCUGUGCAUCUUCAGCGGCCAGGUGCCUCAGGAGCGCCUCCUGCUUCGCGGCCUCUUCGCCUUCGCCCCGCGCCCGACGAUCUCCCUCUGGGACGAACGAGUGCAGCUGCAUGCGGCACAGCUUGGCGGCUCUGUCUUCGUUCAGCGCAACGCCCAGAGUGCAGCUUCGGGGUCUGCGACGGGCCUCCCAUUGAACGUUCAAGUGUGCGACAACGCGGGCAACGUGGUUCUUGGGGCGGAGGAGCCAGAGGCUGUCGACGAGGAGAAGAAGCACGAAAAAGACGACGCCUCAGCGGCUGCUACCUUCCAGGCUGCAGGCGACUUCACCGCGUACAGACUCCUCGGCGAAGACGAGAAUUACUUCAACGUUCAUCAUCACUUCAUUCGCUACGGACCGAAGCGCCUGUACCGCCUCUUGGAGCCCGACGCCCCCGAGCUGGGCCCUCGCGCGAACGCGGUCGUGGAGACACUUUUGGCGCCCAAGAGCCCCGUCGCUCUGCACCCCUCGGCCGCACCGAUACAGUCCACGAGCCCGUCGCGGAAGGGGAGUGGCAAGGGCGCGGUGAAGGACGACGACAAAAGAAACGCGACACACGGCAAAGAUGCAGAUGAAGAAACUCAGGAGCUGCGACUGCGGCUCGAAGCCGUGCUCCGCGAGUUCGCUCGCGAGCCUCCAGAGGAGGUCAUUUGGCCCGUCCCCCGUCUGCCGAAGCGCUCGGCGCUUGAAGAGGAUGAAGAAGCUGAAGAAUAG